AUGGCCCCGUCCUCAUCCUCCCCCUCAUCAUCGUCAUCCCCCCCCCUCAAUCCCAUCCAUCUUGACAUGGUUGGACGCCUCGACCCGCGCUUCGUCGAGUACUACAACAAGAAUCUGGCGCACAAAGAGGCCACACACCAGGUGCCGCUGGCCGAGGUCCGCGCCAACCCGGCGGCCUGGGCGCGGCCCUGGAUCCAGGACGACGAUCCCGACACCAAGGACUGGACCGUGCCCUCGACGGAUGGCGCCUUUGUCGUGCGUGUCUACCACCCGGACGCGUCCAGGGCCGGGCCAGGGCCGUAUCCGGUGCACAUAAACUUCCACGGCGGCGGUUGGGUGUUUGGCGACCUGACGUCGGAUGCGGCCAUCUGCCGACAGCUGCGAGACCGGCUGCCCAUCGUGGCGGUCGAUGUCGACUAUCGGCUGUGCCCUGAGUUUCCGUUUGGCCGGAACGUUGAGGAUGCUUGGGAAGCGUUCGAGUGGGUACGAGCCAAUGCGGCCGCGCUCCAUGUGCGCCCCGACCGCGUCUCCAUCGGCGGCACAUCGGCCGGCGGCCUCUUGGCCGUCGUCGUGCAGCACCGCGCCCGCGAUGCCGGCCUGCCACUUCGGCUGCUGGUGGCGACGGUGCCGGCGCUGGCGCCGGACGACCACGCGCGCCACGAGCGCGCCGAGGACUCGGCGUGGGCGUCGGUGCGGGCCAUGCGGCACACGGCGCUGCUGGACUGGGACCGCAUGCACUACCUCGCCCGCGUGGCGAUGCCUCCGCCCCCCACUGCCGAGCGGGCUGCGCGGCAGAAGCACGUGCCAGCGUGGUGGGUGGCGCCGCUGGAGGCGCCGCGCUGGGACGGCCUGUGCGCCACGUUCCUGGCGACGGCCGAGUGCGACAUCCUGCGCGACGAAGGCGAGGCGUACGGACGCCGGCUCGUCGCGGCGGGCAACACGGUGACGAUGCGGCGGUAUCUGGGCGUUCCACACUCCUUUAUGCAGAUGACGGCGGUCCUGCCGCAGGCGACGCAGUAUCUCGACGACGUGGUCGAGGCUCUUUGCGCGGCACACGAGGUGGAGUAG